AAAACAUCAACAACUUCGAGGUCCUUCCUCUCUCUGUGCUUCCACUCCGCCUCUUCCGGAAGCGCUCAUGGCGCGCUGACGUCGGUGAGGAAGGCGUUGCGGUCCGCGUGAGCUACAGAACGAGCGAAGGGAAUCAAGAUGGCGGACCUCGAAGACGUUACGCUGGACGGGAGGCCGCUCCAUUCGCUCCGGGUGGCGGAUUUGAAGGCGGCAUUGGAAGAGAGAGGGCUUCCGAAAAGCGGGCAGAAGAAUGCUCUCAUCAAGAGGCUCAAAGGGGCUCUCAUGUUGGAGAACCUUCAGAAAACCUCCACUCAUCACAUUGGCCUGCAGCCUAAUUCCCGGAUUGGGGAGGAAAUGAGUCAGAACAGCUUCAUUAAACAGUACCUGGCCAAACAGCAAGAGCUUCUGAGGCAGCGUUUGGAGAGGGAAGCACGAGAGGCAGCUGAAACUGAUGGAACCGACCAUGAAGACCACACAGAGGCCAAUGACACUAUUUGUGCUGCCCCUAACCAGGAUGUUGCUCCCUCCUUAGUUGACCAACACAAAGGAGGUACAGCAGUGGCUGGGGGAUUUGGGGUAACUGCGAGUGAGAGUGAUGAGCUCAGAGAAAAAGAAAUGCCUGGGCAGCCGUCCCCCUCUGCACCUGCCCAGCCUAGCGCAAUAGCCUCUUUGUCGGUGCGGGUUGUUGGUGAAAGAGGACCAACAUCAAGCCAUGUACCGGCUGACAGUGAUGAUGACAGUGAAGGCGGGGAUGACAAUGAUGAUGAGGAGGAGGAGUGGAACCCCAGUGCUAAACGGAGUCGUAGAGCACAGCCUCCAAAAAGCCAGCCGGUGAGGGAAAGAUCUGGUGGCUCGCAGCAACAGCAGCAGCCGCCCCCCCAACACAUACCUUUACUAUCACAGCAGCUCAGACAGCCCACUCCUCCCCCAUCCCCUCCUCCUGAACUCUCUUUUCCACUCCCAGACACCCCUAAACAGAGCCCCCCUAGUCCCGGAGAGCCCCCAUCUAGGCAGCGUAUAUCUAGCUCUUCGAGCUCUGGGAGUUCCAGUAGUGACAGUUGUAGCAGUAGCCCUGAACCAGCAGGCGACUCCACAGAACGCAGACCAGGCCCACUGACCUUACUGGCGCGCAAGAUGGCGUCUGAGGGAGCUUUCUCUGGUGCAGGAAAGCGUGAUAAGGAGGGAAUGGAUGGACCGAGAAGCCACCAUGAGGGAGUUGUGUCUGCAAUUACUCACACAGCUAAUGCAGCGUCAGUUUUGUCAUACCCUAGUUUAGUGAUCUCCAACCAAAGUGUUAGUGUCGUUAGAACAGCGGUGGUGGAAGAGAGUGAUGGUAUGAAGCAGGAUGAGGGUAGCCAUCUUUUAUGGGAGCAAGAAAACAAAAAGAGGGAAAGGCAACGAGAACAAGAAAGGCUGAAAGCCCUAGAAAAGGAGAGAGAGGAAAAGAAGGCAUUGGAAGAAGAGCGAGCACGAGUUUUGGAAUGGGAAAGACAGGAACGAGAAGAAGCUCUGAAACGGGAGAGGGAGAGAGCUUUACAGCGAGAAAGGGAAGAGAAAGAAAAGGCCUUACAGUGGGAGAGGGAAGAGAGGGAGAAGCUUGAAAGAGAACAAGCUUUGGAAAGAGAACGACUCGAGAGAGAACAAGCUCUGGAACGAGAGAAGCAAGAAAAGGAGAGACUGGAAAGAGAGAGACAGGAAGCUUUAGAGCGGGAGAGAUUGGAGAGAGAGAGGCUUGAGAAAGAAAGACAAGAAAGAGAAAAAGCCUUGGAGAGGGAAAGACUCAAGAAAGAAAAACUAGAACUAGCUCUAGAGAGGGAGAGAUUAGAGCGAGAGAGGCUUGAAAAGGAAAGACUAGAAAGAGAACACGCUCUAGAAAGGAAGAGAUUGGAGAGAGAGCGGCUCGAGAAGGAAAGACAAGAACGAGAACAAGCUCUAGAGAGGGAAAGGUUGGAGAGAGAGCGGCUUGAGAAAGAAAGAAUAGAACGAGAACUAACUCUAGAGAGGGAAAGGUUGGAGAGAGAGAGGCUUGAGAAUGAAAGACUAGAACGAGAACAAGCUCUUGAGAGGGAAAGGUUGGAGAGAGAGAGGUUUGAGAAAGAAAGACUAGAACGAGAACAAGCUCUUGAGAGGGAAAGGCUGGAGAGAGAGAGGCUUGAGAAAGAAAGACAAGAACAAGCUUUAGAGAGGGAGCGAUUGGAAAAAGAGCGGCUUGAGAAGGAAAAGCAGGAACGAGAGAAGCAAGAAAAAGAACAUGCUCUAGAGAGGGAGAGGCAGGAGAAAGAAAGGCUAGAAAGAGAGCAAGCUUUGGAGAGAGAGAGACUGGAAAGAGAAGCUGCAUUGGAGAAAGAGAGACAAGAAAUUGAAAGGGCCAAAGAACAGCAAAGGCUGGAGAAAGAGAGGGCUGAAAAAGAAAGACAUGAAAGAGAAGCCACUCUGGAAUGCAAGAGGCAAGAGCGAGAAAGGCAUGAGAAAGAGAAAGCUUUGGAAGAGGAACGAUUGCAGAAAGAACAAGCUCUUGAGCGUGAGAGAGAAGCACAGAGGAAAGCAGAGGAGGAACGAGAGCGAACUUUGGAAAAAGAGAAAGAGGAGCAGGAGAGGGCUUUAAAAGAAGAGCAGCAGAGAGCCUUGGAGGAAAGGGAAAUACUUUUGGAGCAAAAAAGAGUGCAGGAGGAAAAAGAAAAGGCUUUGAAGCUUGAAAAAGAGGAGGAACAUGAGAAAAAAAGAGAAAGCCGUCUUCCUCCGUGGAAGCGUGGUCGUGAUAUCGGUGGUCUCUCCUAUCCAGCGGCCCAUCCUGCUUCUCUGGAGAGUCCAACGGAGAAGCCAGAUGAGAGCGAGACUGGUGAACCUCAGAGCAGUGGCAAAGAUGCUCAAUCUACAGAGCCUGUCCCACAACAGUCACCCACAUUUGCAACACCACUAUCCGCUCAAUCUUCUUCAAAGAAGUCCCGCUUCCUCAGAGAUGCUCCUGUGACAACUCCUCUCCCUUCCUCUCCGACUUCUGUGCUGAAGAGACCUCGUACUUUCUCAGACAGCCCCAUGCCACAAGCCCCCUCAAUUCCAUUAGCAUCUAAGCCUGAGGAAAAAGAUGCCUCUCAGGCUCAUCAAACAUCAGUCAUUGCUUCAGCCUCCAAUGAGCUUGAGAGCAAGACCCCCGAGGUGCCUGCCAAACAACAUGCACCACAAGAGGAAGAGAAGAUGAAGACGUCAGAGGAUAGUGAGGCAAGCAAAGAUAUUAAACAUAAGACACUCAGAAGAGUGGAGGAUGAGGAGAAACCUCUUUCAGAGGAGAAGAAAAGAGGAAGAGAAAGAGAAAAGAAGCAGGUGGAGAAGAAAGAAAGAAAAUCAUCAUCCUCCAGCGACGACUCCUCAUCCAACUCGGAUUCUGGGUCUUCAUCCUCCUCACGCUCCUCCAGUUCAUCAUCAUCAUCAGAGGAGAAAAGUCAUUCCACUUCAGGUGGUAGGAAGUCUAAAGAGGUCCAGAAAGAGUCUUCAUCUCAGGCCACAGAAAAAGUUGCGGCUGUAAAGCCUCCUACAGCCCAACGCAAAAAACGAGUCUUCACAGAGCAGGAGGAAAAACACACGGGCAAUGAGGAUGUCAUCCAAACCAAGAAACACUGCCUUGAACUACAAGAUGAGAAAGUAACAAGGGGAAGAAAGGACGAUAUUGAAGAGGAUGACACUAACAAAGACACUACCAGUAGUGAGGUGAAGGAGGCUGUCAUGGCGGAGCCUGAGAAGGUUCCAGAGAGCAGUGAGGAGAGCACCACGCCAAAGACCUUCUCUGCCCGAAGGAUUUCUCUCGGCAGCAGCAAACAGUCUCCUGGGGUGGUGAGUUCGGAGGGGGAAGCGGAGGCCGCAAGCAGUGCUGGCGCUGGCAGGAAGAGGAGAUGGGGCUCCAGUACAGCUGUCACUGCCAAGAAACCCUCCAUCAGUAUCACCACAGACUCUUUGAAGUCUUUAAUACCAGACAUCAAGCCUGCCUUGGGUCAGGAGGCUGUGUUAGACCUGCAUCCAGAGGAGAUGCAUCUCUCUGGGGAGGAGGAAGGAGGAGAGAGGGGUGACCAAGACCUGAAAAUUAGACGAACUGUAACACAGGUUGUGCCCUCUGACACACAAGAGAAUGGACAGAAAGAUUCUAAAAGAAAUGAACAAGAGGAUGAGGAAGAAAGAAGUGAAGGGCAGGAUAGACUUAGCCAGGAGGAAAAUAUUGAAGGCUCGAUUCAGGUUUCCAUGGAGACAGAGCCGUCGUCCCCUGGGCGAGACGUUGAUAUGAAGACAGUUACUCCCAGUGACACACUGAUUCGCCGUUCCAUUAGCCAGCAGAAGUCGGGUGUGAGUAUCACCAUUGAUGACCCGGUCCGCACAGCCAAACAGCCCUCUCCUCCUCGUGGCAAGCUGUCUAACGUUGUCCAUGUCUGCAACCUGGUGAGGCCGUUUACCCUGGGGCAGUUGAAGGAGCUGUUGAACCGCACAGGGACUGUAGUGGAGGAAGGUUUCUGGAUUGACAAGAUUAAAUCUCACUGUUACGUCACCUACUCUAGUGCGGAAGAGGCGAUGGCCACUCGUACAGCACUACAUGGGGUUAAGUGGCCCCAGAGUAACCCUAAGUUCCUCAGUGUUGAUUUCUGCACGCAAGAGGAGUUGGACUUCCACAGGGGUUUGGGUCCCGCAGGAGAAAAGCCAACAGAGGAGCCUCGUGGGGCGGCAGCCGCUGGGCCUGGCCGUCCAGUACCCCCGCCUCUCCUUUCAGAGCGUGAUCAGUGGGCAGAACGAGAAAGGGAAAUGGAAAGGAGGGAGCGAACGCGUGCAGAGAGGGAAUGGGACAGAGAUAAAGUGAGAGACUUCAGCAAACCUGGAGAGGAGCGGGAAGCUGGGGUCAGAAGAUCGCGUUCACGAGAUCGCGAAAGGCGGCGCAAGGAAAGAGGAAAGAGCAAAGAGAAGAAAACAGAUAAAAAGGAAAAAGGACCAGAGGAUCCACCUGCUAAACUGCUGGAUGACCUCUUCUGCAAAACCAAAGCGGCUCCGUGCAUAUACUGGCUCCCCCUGACUGAGGAGCAGGCAGCACAGAGGGCAGCGGCUCGUGCUGAACGCAUGAGGGAAAGAGAGAAGAGGAGGAAGGAGAUUGAAGAGGAGGAUAAGAAACGUGAGGAGGAGCGGCGAGAGAGGAUGAAGACCGGUGGGGCCACCGGAGGGGAAGGUGAGAGAGACCGUGACAGAGAACGAGACCGAGGUCGAGAAAGGGAGCGAGAGGGGGAUAAACGGAAGGAGGGAUACCGCAGGCCUGGCGGAAACGGUGCAAGCGGGAGCAGGAGGUCACGAAGCCGCAGCGACCCUCCGCUCAGAGAUCGACGACACUAAGGGAAGCCUGGAACUGUCCAGUUUGUGCCCCCUGUUUCCUGUAUGUGCAGCUCUAUGCCUACCUUCCUGAGGACCAACUCAGACUUUAUAAAAACACACACAUGCACACACACUCUGCGUAAAGACACACGGGUGCACACACACACACUGGGACCACGGUGGUGCUGUGUCUCCAUGUAGACUCUUCUCGUUGUCUCUUGACUGGGCUUUAAGACUCCUGGUGUUCAUUUCUCACCACAGUGUUAAUGGACUUCUGGUAUAAAUGGGUCGGACUGCAAGACGUCCUCCUGGUUUGGUGACAUUCUCUUUCUCCUUCAGUGUAGUGUCGUCACAGAUCUGAAAGAGUGAAUCUGGGAUCAGAAAGAGAUGCUCUGAAAGCCUUCAGCGUGAUUUAAGUCCUGAUCACUACUUUGCCUCUUGUUUUCCUCAUUCCUUGUACCUCUUUUGUCUUGUAUUGUCUGCCUUUUACCACCCCUUUGCUGUUAGCAGGUUGCCAUGGAGAAUGGGAUGCAUAUUUAACCUUUUCACAUUUGGUUUUUAAUUUUUUUAUCGUUUUAGCAUAAAAGCUGACAUUUUGUU